AUGGAUGAUACCACACUGGAAGAGCCGAGGCCUGAUGGCAGUCCUUUUCCAGAGCUGGAUGAUCCUGAAGCAGCUGAAUCUCUCAAUAACGCCUGCCUGCUGGAUGACAGCGACCUGCCGUUUAAUGAUCUGGGUGCCUCUCAUGAUUUUUCUCAUUUACUUAUUACUGAAACUCCUGAAAUUCCUGAAAGCCCUGUUUUGUUUAGAAGAAAACAGCAGUCCCAGGUAUCUGAUAAUCACAGUGAGGCUUUGAUGUGUGCUUCAAAUGCCAGAAGAUCAGACAGAUGGGACAUGAUGCCUGGAUACCUCCACAAAACUCCAAACUCUCAGAGAACACUGAAGCGUCGGCGGCUCCACGGCACAGAAGGGAGCAGUCAAGAAUCACAAGGAAGAACAGGAGGAAAUGGAUUUGUACCUGCUUCGUCUCUUUUAAGUUCAAACUGCUUUUGGCUGGAGUCCCCAUGUCCGCCACCAUCCUCCUUUUCUUGCUCUGCCACUUUAUCUGCCUCGUCCUCUGCUGGAGCUCCUGAACACUUAAUGCUGGAAACUGCUUCUUCUGCUGCUGGUGGUCUAAAUGGUUUUAAUGAGAUGUCUUCUUUUGAUCAUACCUCCACUGAUCAAAAAAAGUGUAGUAGUAAAGAACAGAAAUCUAGAAGGAAAAACACAAGAAAUGGUUCAAGGACCACUAGAACUGCAACAGCUGCACCUUUGUAUAGACCUGAAGAACAACACUUGCUAGAUGUGCUUAACACGGAUACAGAGAGAAGUGAAGCUGUGAAUCCUUCAGCAUGUCAAAUACAGGAGGAGAUUGUUAUCAUAGAUGAGGAUGAGGAGGAUGAUGUGGUUGUUGAGGCAAUGGUUCGCUCCAUUCAGAUGGCUGAAGAUGAGGCAUUUGCCAGAAGCCUUCAGGAUCAGUUUGACAGAGAGGAGCAGAUACAGCAGGACCAUAGAAGACAGCAGACAGCUCAACCUACCAGGCACACCCAUAACAACCCGUUUGACUCUUAUGUAGGUUUAGACUGGAUCUCUCCAUGGGCCUCCAUGGUAAACUCUCCAUCAUUCAGAAGCCUGGGGUUGACUGAGCUGCAGCAGGCCAUGUUUGAAGGGCAAGCUGGUGGCCAAGUGAGACAACCUCGGACUCGACGCACUCGCAACACUCGCCGCAGACAGCCUGUGCCUGUGGACCUGUUUGAUGACAGUCAGGGAAAUAACUAUGAGGCCCUUCUAGCCUUUGAGGAAAACCAGGGAAGUGCAGUGGCCAAGAACAAUCUUAGUAAAGGUGACAUAGAGAGACUCCCUACAAAAGUGUAUGACCCUGCACAUAGUGCUGGGAAAACAGAGUGUCAGAUCUGUUUCUGUGAUUACAAACAGGGGGAGAAAUUGCGAAUUCUUCCAUGUCUUCAUGACUACCAUGUGAAGUGCAUAGAUCGCUGGUUAAAAGAGAAUUCCACCUGUCCUAUAUGCAGGGCGGAUGUAUCAGAGUGUGGUGGCUUUUCAUGACGCACAGGGUUUAAUGUUUGACUUUUGUUUUUAAAAAUGCCCAACACAAUGCGAAGGAUGGACCAGCAUAAACACUGUAUGUUUUAAAUGUUCUGACAAACGAUUUAAGUUUACAAAAGUGUUCUGUUGUACAUUUUAGUAAGAAAUUAACAUUCACUGUUCAACUACUACAAUUUUUACUUUUUUAUAUAAUAAAUUACAUUUUAUGGA